AUGGAUGCUCGUGCUUACUUCGCAGACAAAUGCACUGCAGGAGCCUAUGACAACACGCAGUAUCUUGCCCUCGAUCUCCUGGGGAAGGUGCUGAGCUACAGCGUUGACCUCUCAGGAGCGGGUUGCGGCUGCAACGCGGCGUUCUACCUCACCUCCAUGCGCCAGAACGCAGCACCGUCGCAGUGCUCCGAUCACUACUGCGACGCCAACAACGUUUGCGGCGAGUCGUGCGCCGAGAUCGACAUCCAGGAGGCCAACCAGCUGGCCUGGCACUCCACGCUCCACACCGCGACCGACGCGAGCGGGGUGGGCGGGGGCUACGGCGGGGGCGACAGCUGGACGGGCCCGAGGGACUGGGGCUCCGCAGAGUACGGCGAAGGCGCCAGGUGCGUGGACACGGCGCGCCCCUUCCAGGUGGAGGCCGCGUUCCCCGUGGACGACAAAGGCUCGCUCGUGGCCAUGGAGGUGACGCUGUCCCAGCCGGGCAAGCCGUGCAACGUGUCCGUGCGCCUUGGCUCGUACGACGGCAUGGCCGAGCUCUCGCGCGCCCUCGAAGCCGGCAUGACGCCGAUCGUGAGCUACUGGAGCGCGAACGACAUGUUGUGGAUGGACGGCAAGGGCGCCGACGGCAAGGGCCCGUGCGCCGUGGACGACGUCAAGGCGUGCAGCGAGACGGUCACGUUCCACAACUUCUCCGUGGCCCCCAUCGUCGUCCCCCCGCCGCGGGCCACGCAUUCGCAGAGCAAUGCUUCUUCGGGGCCCGCGGCGUCGACGGCGGCGGCGCCGAAGGCGCACGCGGCCGUCGCUUGCCCUGGCGAGUUCGACAUGCCAGGCUACGGGUCGGUGCAGCUCAUCCCGACCGGCUGGGCUGACCCGGAGGGCCUCAAGCCCGUGGACGUGACCGGGCGUGGGGAGCUCGUGGCCCACAUGGACGGGCGCGCCUACUUUGCCGACGAGUGCACGGCGGGGAAGUACGACAACACGCAGUAUCUUGCCCUCGAUCUCCUGGGGAAGGUGCUGAGCUACAGCGUUGACCUCUCAGGGGCGGGUUGCGGCUGCAACGCGGCGUUCUACCUCACCUCCAUGCGCCAGAACGCGGCACCGUCGCAGUGCUCCGAUCACUACUGCGACGCCAACAACGUUUGCGGCGAGUCGUGCGCCGAGAUCGACAUCCAGGAGGCCAACCAGCUGGCCUGGCACUCCACGCUCCACACCGCGACCGACGCGAGCGGGGUGGGCGGGGGCUACGGCGGGGGCGACAGCUGGACGGGCCCGAGGGACUGGGGCUCCGCAGAGUACGGCGAAGGCGCCAGGUGCGUGGACACGGCGCGCCCCUUCCAGGUGGAGGCCGCGUUCCCCGUGGACGACAAAGGCUCGCUCGUGGCCAUGGAGGUGACGCUGUCCCAGCCGGGCAAGCCGUGCAACGUGUCCGUGCGCCUUGGCUCGUACGACGGCAUGGCCGAGCUCUCGCGCGCCCUCGAAGCCGGCAUGACGCCGAUCGUGAGCUACUGGAGCGCGAACGACAUGUUGUGGAUGGACGGCAAGGGCGCCGACGGCAAGGGCCCGUGCGCCGUGGACGACGUCAAGGCGUGCAGCGAGACGGUCACGUUCCACAACUUCUCCGUGGCCCCCAUCGUCGUCCCCCCGCCGCGGGCCACGCAUUCGCAGAGCAAUGCUUCUUCGGGGCCCGCGGCGUCGACGGCGGCGGCGCCGAAGGCGCACGCGGCCGUCGCUUGCCCUGGCGAGUUCGACAUGCCAGGCUACGGGUCGGUGCACUCAUCCCGACCGGCUGGGCUGACCCGGAGGGCCUCAAGCCCGUGGACGUGA